GACCUCGAGGGCCGUGAUUUGAAUAAUAGGGUCCUAAAUAAAUAAAUGCGGCUGUGGCGGUGUCCGUGUGGGGGCUCCUCAUGUGGGAGUAGGCCACCCUUCUGUUUGGGUGGCGUCUGCAAUGGUCUGGGCCCGUUUAUCCUGUGAGUCAACUGUCAGGGAUGCGAUAAACCGCACGCCAACGCCGCGUCGUCUCCCACCGUGGGAACGUGAGAUGUGUGAAUUGCCUCUGCUUCCUUUGAACGGGAGUGCAAGCCCAGACCUUCACGCCGGAGUCGAUUUUAGUUAUCUAACAGGGCGGCUCUGUGGGCCAAAAUUUUAAAUGUUCUUUCCCUCUCAAAGAGAACCGCAUUUUUUUUCUAAGAGAUAAAACCGACUUCUGCUUGUCCAGACGGCUCCCUGAUUCAGUAGUAUCGCUUUUCACCGACUGGCAUUACUUUUGUAGAGCUCUGAUCCUGCUCAUUGUCCCUGGUGUUCCUUCAUGUGCCCCUACAACGGACCCUGCACCCGGGAUCCGACCACACUGCCCUCGGGCCACAGAGCUGAUGGUCUCCCUUUCUUUCAGCAGGACUUGAGUCCUCCAGACGACCAGGAUGCAUCAGGAGAUGACCUGGAAAUCUCCGGCUCGGGCUCCGGCGACGAUGAUCUCAUGGACUUAGGUUUUGUUCCCUCAUCAACACCCUCCUUGGACACCACACGCGUUUCUACGACAACGAAGCGGAAUCAAGUCCUCAUGCGUGAUCCAGAAAGGGCAGUGACCUCCCAGGCUUCACCCACCACUGCAGCUGGUGCUGUGGUAACCACCCCCCGGACUGCAGGAGCUCCAGAAGAGGGGGGUGUGGUGACUGAACACCGCCUUCAUGGGCAGACCACUUCAGCCAGUCCCGAUGCCCCCGAAGAACAUUCCACGUCCCGCCCCACGAAGACCCAGCCUCAAGCUGGUGUUGGCAUCCUUAAUAAGACUGCCGCUACUCCAUCCCACUCGACGACCAUCCCAACCACGACCGUUGUGAUGCACGUCAACACCACAGCGGUGAUGCUGAAGCUUCCAGUCGUGCCUGAAUCUGAGCACACUCCCACCAAGAAGACCCAGCCAGCCCCGACUCCAGUGCCGCCUUCUCAGGAUAAGAUCCCCAGCUUCACUGGGCACGUCCCUACGUUGGGCUCUCUGGCCACCACUCCGACUUUGCUCCCGACAGUGCCUGAGGAGCUGAUUGUAAGGGGGGGCAGGAUCCACGUUGUGGGCAGUGAGCCAGAGAGAGAUACUGACAUCGUCAUCGAGGACGAUCUUGGGCAGCAGUUCCACGAGACAGCAGGGCAGAGCCAGUCGCUGCUGGACAGGAAGGAGGUCCUUGCUGGUGUGAUUUCCGGAGGCGUGGUGGGCUUGGCCUUCGCCGUCCUCUUGGUAUCCCUCAUGGUCUACCGCAUGAAGAAGAAGGACGAGGGCAGUUAUUCUCUGGAUGAACACAACCACCCCAACGUCAGCUACCAGCGGCCGCAGGCCCAGGAGGAGUUCCUGGCGUAGGCCCCAGUGUAGCUUGCCUCGCCCCCACCCAUGCCCCCCCAGUCCUACGUACGCCCCCAUAAUGUCACACUUUUGCCUUUUCUCGUGGUGGGGUUCCUCACUUAAGAGAUGUUGGUUGGGUUCCUCACUUAAGAGAUGUUGGUUGGGUUCCUCAUUUAAGAGGUGUUGGUUGUUUUGCCUUUUUGACAGGUGGGGGGAAGGGGUCCAUUUCUCUUUGGCUGUGUAGAACUUCUCUGAGCCUUGUCCUACAUUCACUGACGAUCAGACUGCAUUUCUGUACCAACUUCUCCUUAUGUUUUCUGCAAAGUGUCAUGCAGUACUGGAGGUUGAACUGUGUAUCCCCCCCCCCCCCCAAAGUGCUGGACAAGAUCAAACACUGAUAGCAGUUCUGUUUGUGAUUGUGCCUGCUGCUGAUAAUUAUUAUUAUUUUUUUCCUUCCUUUCUUUUUUGGGGGGGUGGUUAAUCGCAAAGAUGUAGGUUUGAUGUUCGUCCUUCGUUGCCGCCGCGUUGGGUUCCUCUCGCCAAACUUGCUCUGGCUUUUAGCACAGACUCGUCUAUGCUUAUCUUCCAUGCCCACAUGGGAAUGUCUGUGGCAGACAUUGUGUCUAAGCUCAUCCCUAGAUGGCCUUGGUAUGGCCGUCUUGAGGAUCAUGCUGGUGUUCUGGGUGGGGGGUGUCCAUGUGCUCUGUGAGACGCUAACCUGUAUGUUCGUCUGCUGAGCGGCUUCUCUUCAGCUGGGGCUUUGUUCUUUUAAGAAUGAAGAGGUUGCCUGUCUGUCUCUCUGCCUGUCUGUCUCUCUGCCUGUCUGUCUCUCUGCCUGUCUGUCUCUCUGCCUGUCUGUCUCUCUGCCUGUCUGUCUCUNUUCCUGUG